AGUGGGGCUCAGAGCGGCGGCUGGCUGAGCGGAGCAGGAGGGUCCGAUGAGACGUGCAGGUGGGCCCCCCCGUCCGGCUCCUCACGGUGCAGAAAUGUUCGACAACUCAAACUACCCGUUCAACUGCUUCAACUACGACGGAGACGGAUACCCGUCGUCCAGCACGGACGAGGAGAAGAAGAUGUGCAGACCGGCGUACAGCUACAUAGCGCUGAUCGCCAUGGCGAUCCAGCAGGGCCCCGAGCAGCGCGUCACUCUGUCCGGCAUCUACGAGUUCAUCAUGAAGAGGUUCCCGUACUACCGCUGCAACCAGCGGGCCUGGCAGAACUCCAUCCGCCACAACCUGUCCCUCAACAGCUGCUUCGUCAAGGUUCCUCGUACGGAGGGCAACGAAAAGGGGAAGGGGAACUACUGGACCUUCGCCAGCGGCUGCGAAUCGAUGCUCGACCUUUUUGAGAACGGGAACUUCCGGCGCCGCCGCCGCCGCCGGAACGUGAAGAUCGGCUUCCGGGAUGCCAGGGAAACGCCCCCCCGCCCGCUGGAGAGCCACGGCGGUCGGCAGGGGCCCGAACCCGACUCCUCCCCCGUCUGCCCUUUGAACCGCGACAGGCCGAGGCCAACAAACCCGCCCCCGAAUGGAAAGCCGGAGUCCGAGAUCAAGUUCAGCAUCGACUACAUCCUGUCCGCCCCGGGUCCGCCCCCGGCCGGGUUCAGGUCCCCCGGCGGCCCCGCGGGGCCCCCGGCGCCCCCCCUGCACGUCCUGGAGCCCCCACAUCUGAACCUGCACUUCUGGGCGCUGUGAGAGGAACGAGAGACGGGACUCGAUCUCCAAAAGCACCGCGAGGACCAAAGAAGCGAAGACGAGGACAGACGGCGGGACGGAUCCCAGACGGAGACGCAUUGACCUGCACGUAGCGCGGCGUGCUGACAGAGUAGGUUCCAGUGUUCUCUUCAUGUAUGUUCACGGGAGCCACGAUCACGUGCAACACGCUUUAAAACGCUACAAUACUCUGAAUCAAAGUGAGACGAUUCUUUGGUAAAAGGACACAAUGAUUUGUAUAAAUGUAUCAGAGUGAAUAAUCACACAUUUCAGUACAGACCUCAAAAUCCCCUCCAGACACAAAUUAAACAAUAAAUAUACGUGUUAAUAAUGUAAUGUGACUGUAAAAGGACAUUUAUUCCUUCCAACUCAUUAAAAAAAACACAACUUGUAUAAGCAGAUUAACCAGUCGGUGAAAAGAAGAAUCUUUCUAGUGAAAGUACGCUGCAAGUUUCUGACUUACAUGUUGAACCACGAUCGCUUUCCAAUUCACAAAAUCAUGCAGAUGAUUCUCCUCGUGCAGAUGAUUCUCCUCGUGCAGAUGAUUCUCCUCGUGCAGAUGAUUCUCCUCGUGCAGAUGAACUGAAUGUUGAGCAAAGACCCUUUGACUCUUUCUUCCUGGUUCCAUAAAGUACUCUGUGUACUACAUAGUUAUUGUCAAAAUAUACAGAUAAGCGGUUAAAGUAGUAAAAAGAAACCAGGCGAGGUACAAAGAGGACUUCUGCAUUUUGCCGUCUUUACUCUGAAUUGGAUUGACAGCCGUUGGCACCGUUUCCUGUUUUUUCCCUCCGAUUUGUAGAAUUCUUCGAUCCCCGACUGACUGUUGGUGUUGUGAGUCACAGAAUCCUGUUUGUCUGGUUAAUAGUAUUAAGUUCCACUGUGAACACAAUACCCACAGAACACGCUUAGAACGAGCACGUAUGUGCUGACGGAGCCGUGUUCAUUUAAAUAUCAGUAACCGUUCGCUUGUUUCUGACCUUUUCCAAACAUUUUGCAAAUGAUUUUCAUUGACCUUUUGAAAUCCUGAUUGACUGACACUUAAGUUCUGAUCCAGUCGGGCCUCCUCGUACCAUCACGCACACUUAAGAGAGGCCUCGCGAAACAGAGGGCCAACAUUUCCACGCGUGUACAGGGGAGAUCAAUCAUAGCGUGUUGAAGGGACAUUUUUCUAUUUAACCUUUAUAUUACGUCUUGACUACAUCAGACGAGGGUUUCAGCGCACUUAACAUGAGUGGCAUUUAAUAUAGCUCAACACUUGCAAGGUGAUGCUGAGAUGUGACCCUAUUUAAAUACAGCAGCAAACACGCGGCGACCUCCCGACGCGAUUAUAAUUACGCCUCUUACCUGCUCUGCAAAUCUUCCCCUCAUCGAUCUGGAGCUCCAACAUUCCCGUGUGAACUGCCCCCCAGCGAACGUCUGCACACAUGUUUAUGGAUCAGCAAGUUUCCAUUAACAAAGUUGUUGAUGUUGAAUAGCGGGGGCCGCCGCCGCCGCCGCCGCGGACGUAUUUGGGUAAAUUAACUUAGCAUAAAGUGCUGCGGGGCCGCGGGGGUCUUUUGAGGCAGCUAAAGAGGAAGCAAGGCACCAGUCAGGCCCGAAAAGUCAAUGCACACUUCACGUUGUCGGGGAACGCGUGAAACUGUGGCUGCCGGCGCUUUGUCCCAACCAACGGCGUCUAUUAAACAACUAUUAGAAAUGCGUCCGUUGGCCUCCAUCCCUCUGCGAGGCCUCUAAUAUGUUGUUCAUGAUUAUGUGCAUCGGUGUUUGUCGCUGCAGCCGUCGUUCGGCCGCCAGGUAACACGAGCAGCAGAACGGCUACAAGAAAUUGGGAAACCAGUGAAGCGCGACGUUAAUAAAAAGCGAUUCAUAAACACAAUUAGGUGAUUUGAUCCUCAGUGUUUGUUUAGCGGUCAGAUUACAGCGACGAGGAUGAAUAUUGGUGCGUUUACUCCCCGUGAGGUUGAAGGAGGAUGAACGAUCGAGGACGAGCUGACGGAGAGACAGAGAGACACCUGCAGGCCUUUGACACACACACACACACACACACACACACACACACACACACCUGAAGGCCUUUGACACACACACACACACACACCUGCAGGCGCACAUCCAGUGUGCACUUUAAAGCAGGAACGAGCUAUUAUUUCAAACUGGCUUCACUGUGUGUGUGUGUGUGUGUGUGUGUGUGUGUGUGUUUGUGUGUAGGUGUGUGUGUGUGUUGGGGGGUCUGUGGGUGAGAAAAUCAACACAUGUCGAUCAAUGGCAGUUGGGGGACGUUACAUUUCCCUGCCAGGAAAACCAGGAGGAAAAUGGAAAACACUGAGUUUAAUCGACAAAGAUCUUUGACCUGAAAUAUGACUCACACAUCUGCCACACAUCUGUUUGAAUUGGUCAGUUCUCAUUUCACAACAUUCCACAUGUGGUAAAGUUUGAGGGAAGGUUAUUGUGCAAAAGGUGUCGUGAUUAGAUCCUUUGACCCACUGUUGUCUUUUUUUAAAUCACAGUGAACUUGAGAAUAAAAUGCACUUAUACAAUUUCA